AUGCGGGCCAGUGUGUUGAACUUGGCCCUUCCGGUGGCGGCCGCGUUCUUACUCGGAACGCUGCUGCUGCUCAACAGUGCGUCGGCUCGCAGUGUGCGCUACAAAGCGCCCGACGAGUGCCAGUGGUUGACCGAAGACGAUGGCGAGAUAUCGCUUCACUGCCGUUUAAAGACCAUCAAUAGCGAGCUCGAAAAGACCAAUUUCAGUGCCAUCCCUCAGCGCACGGCGCGCCUCAAACUCGAGUGCAGCGAUGCUCUCUUUUAUCAGAGCUCCCUCAGCUCUGGAAGCUUCAGGGCGCUCGUUGACCUAAAGGAGCUACGCAUCGAAUACUGCAAAAUCGGCAAUCUGACCGACGAUGCCUUUAGAGGCCUCAAGGAGUUGAAGAAUUUGACCGUUAGGACUCACAAUUCCGACUGGUCGGUUAUGGCCUUGGAAAUUUCUCCGAGGGCCUUCACCGAAGAACUCAGCCAGUUAGAAAACCUCGAUUUGAGUGAUAACAACGUGUGGAAUAUACCCGAAGGCUCCCUGUGUCCACUCUUCAAUCUUGAAUCCUUGAACCUAACUAGAAAUCGACUGCGUGAAGUCACAAGUUUCAAAUUUAACUUAGGCAAUAGGUGCGCUGCUAAUCUGCGCGUCCUCGACUUAGCCAAUAAUAGUAUCGAAUCGUUGCCUUCGGCGGCUUUUUCUGGCCUGUCGCGACUUCAAGUGCUCAAUUUACGAGCCAACGAUAUUGCAUUCAUCGCCGAUAGAGGAUUCGAAGGUCUCAGCGCAAUGACGAGACUCGAUCUGGCGGACAAUCGGUUGACCGGUCUACCACCCGAACUAUUCGUCGAUUGCAGAGAGCUCAAAGAAAUUUACCUGCGCAACAACAGCCUCGCGGUACUUCCGCCGGGGCUGUUUGGAGAAUUGGCUCAUCUGCUGGUUUUAGAUAUGUCGGAAAAUGAACUGACCGCCGAGUGGAUCAACUCCGCCACGUUUGCCGGUUUGGUUCGAUUGGUUGUUCUGGACUUGUCUGGCAAUCAAAUAAAUCGUCUCGAGUCGGCCAUCUUUCGAGAUCUCUAUAGUUUACAAAUUUUAAAGCUUCAAGAUAAUCUCAUAGAAAAUCUGCCCGAAAAUACGUUUUCGAGCUUGUCGAACCUCGAUGCCCUUUUGCUAAGCGGCAAUAGACUAGCGACGAUCGACGCCAACACAUUCAAUGGGCUCUACGUCCUGAGCCUGCUGUCCCUUGAAAAUAAUCGUUUGACCGAUUUGCAUGCAACGUCUUUGAGAAAUGCCUCCUCGUUGAAAGAUCUUCACUUGAACCGAAACCGAUUAACUUCGAUACCAGAGGCGCUAAAGGCCACUCCUUUAUUGCGCGCUCUUGACCUUGGGGAAAAUCUCAUCUCUGGCAUACCCAAGGAUACGUUCGACCACAUGGCACAUCUAAGUGGUUUAAGGCUUAUCGAUAAUCACAUCGGCAACAUAACCAAGGGCAUUUUCGACAAGGUAAAGGACCUCAACAUCCUGAACCUAUCGGGCAAUCGCAUAGAGUAUAUCGAGGCAGGUACCUUCGAUGAGAAUCACAAGCUGCAAGCAAUUCGCUUAGACAACAAUUUGCUGACAGACAUAACCGGUCUAUUCAACAACUUGCCAAAUCUCGUUUGGCUCAAUGUCAGCGAUAACAAGCUCAAGAGCUUCGAUUACGCCAUGAUACCGAACUACCUUCAGUGGCUCGACAUCCACUCGAACGAGAUAACCGAGCUGGGGAAUUAUCACGAGAUCGAGUCGGAGCUGCAACUUACCACCUUCGACGCCAGCUGGAACAAACUGAGCGAGAUAAGCGGCAGCUCGAUACCGAGCAGCAUCGAGACCCUCCUGCUCAACGACAACCUUAUAACUCGCGUGCAGAGCUACACGUUCUUCAAGAAGCCCAAUCUGACUCGCGUGAAUCUCAAGGGCAACAAGAUCCGUCGAUUGGAGCCGUACGCUCUGCGCAUCACGACGGUGCCGGCGGACAGGCCGCUGCCCGAGUUCCACAUAGGCGACAAUGACUUUCUGUGCGACUGCACAAUGGAGUGGCUGCAGCGAGUCAAUCGGCAGACGCAGAGCCGCGUGCAGCCGCGGGUCGUCGACCUCGACAGUAUCUUCUGCGAGCUGCUCUACGAUCGCGAGCGACUGUACGUGUCGCUCAUCGAGGCCUCGCACUCGCAGUUCCUUUGUAAAUACGACGCCCACUGCUUCGCCCUGUGCCACUGCUGCGACUUCGACGCCUGCGACUGCGAGAUGACCUGUCCGCUCAACUGCACGUGCUACCACGACCAGACCUGGACGGCCAACGUGGUCGACUGCGCCGCUGGCGGCCACGCCGGCAGAUUGCCCGAGCAGAUACCGAUGGACGCGACGCGCCUCUACCUCGACGGCAACGAUUUGCGCGUCGUGUCUAGUCAUGCUUUCAUCGGCCGCAAGAAGCUCAAGCAGCUCUUCUUGAACGCGUCCAACAUCGAGCUCGUGCAGAAUCGCACCUUCAACGGCUUGAAGAACCUCGAGGAGCUGCACCUGCAGGACAACGGCCUGCGGGAGCUUCACGGUCACGAGUUCGUAGGCUUGGAGAAUCUGCGCACCCUCAGGCUGGAGCGCAACGAGCUGUCGUUCAUAGCCAACGAGACGUUCUUGGCGCUCGGCUCGCUCAUGAACCUGCGCUUGGACAACAACAAGCUCACCAGAAUAGUCGUGUGGUCGCUGCCGACGAGGAGCGGUACUGCUCUCGAGCUGACGCUGUCCGGCAAUCCGUGGACCUGCGACUGCGACUUUGUUCACGAGCUGCGCGACUGGGCCGUUACGUCGCCCGUACGUAUCCUCGACGACCAACAAAUUCAAUGCACCGUCGUGAGUAGCAGCAGCAGCAACAACGACAAAAACAACUACACCAGUAGUAGCUACGCGGACAUUAGCGAUGCUAACGAGUUCGCCAAUGGCAGCGAGGAGGAGAACAGCUACGCCGGCGGUGGCGGCGGCGGCACCAGCACGACCGGCAAUCUUACCAAGACCAUUAUCGAACGCCAGGCUCUCGAAGAUUAUCUGCCGCUGCUCGUUAGCACGCUCGUGGCUUUCCUCCUGCUCAUGCUGGUCUGCAUGCUCGGCUUCUUCUUCCGUCAAGAGGUGCGCGUCUGGUGCUACUCGCGCUUCGGCGUGAGACUCUUCGACCGGCACGCCGCCCUCGACCGGGACGAUCGCAACAAGCUCUUCGACGCCUUCAUCAGCUACAGCUCCAAGGACGAGGCCUUCGUCGCCGAGGAGCUCGCCCCCGUCCUGGAGAUGGGCAACCCCUCCUACAAGCUCUGUCUACACUACCGCGACUUUCCGGCUGGCAGUUUCACGGCCGACACCAUUGUCCAAGCCGUCGAGUCUUCCAGGCGCACCGUCAUGAUUCUCUCGGAGAACUUCAUCAAGUCCGAGUGGUGCAGGUUCGACUUUAAAUCGGCUCAUCAUCAAGUGCUGCGCGAUCGAAGACGACGCCUCAUAGUCGUGCUAGUGGGUGACGUGCCGCAACGCGAUCUCGAUCCGGACAUUAGGCUUUAUUUGAAGACAAAUACCUAUCUGCAGUGGGGUGACAAGUUGUUCUGGGACAAGUUGAGAUUUGCUCUACCCGACGUGCCAAACAAUCGACGAAUGCCUUCGAUUAGGAUGCCCCACGCGACCGCCCCACCGUUGCAGCGACAACACAACCAGAUGAACGUUUUACCGCGAGCUUUGGCUGUUCAUAUUUGAUGAUAGUGCGCGAGUCAUUUGUCGUAUUUUAUAAGGAAAUUCGUCGUUCGCCAGUGUGUGUA